ACCGCAGUUUUUGUGGCCCGGCAAAGUUAUCCCGAACCCCACCCAAGAUGAAGCUAACCAAAGCACUGAGUUUGCUGUUGAUCGCCGUGAUCCAACUAACCUGCGCCGUCGAUGACAAAGUUCCAGCCAACUGUUUGGGUAAAACCUUCAAAGCGGAUCCCUUCUACUGUUGCAAAACACCGAAACUGCUGGACGAAGCGGUCAUUAAACAGUGUCUGCAAUUGUUUCCACCACCACGGGAUCAACUGAACGAACUGAAACCGGAUUGCAUGUCGGAAUGUGUGAUGAACCGUACUGGAAUAUUUAACCGGAAGAAAAGCAUCAACGAUGAGAAAGCGAUGGACACAUUCACCGAUAAACUGGACGACAAUUCGCUGUGGGUCGGCGCCGUCGAGAGCUCCGUCAAAGAAUGUCUGGACCAGGCCGAUGGUCGGAAGCCCGAUUUCGACAAAACUAUGAAGGAACUUCAGAAACGAUUCGGCAACGAAAGAAUCUGCUCCCCGGCCGCGGGAUUCGUCAUGGAGUGUGUUCACGUAGCAGUUUACAGGAAAUGCCCGGAUAAAGUCUUCAAGAACAAUGACAGUGAUUGUAUUGCAAUCAAAAAUCAUUUGGCCCAGUGCCCAUUCUUCACGAUUUUCUCUGAUAAAGCAUCGAAGAAAAAUUGACGUGUUAUAA